UUUGUCAACAGUAGAACUUCUCAAGAUGGCUCCGCUACCUUAUGUGCGAGUCGCGCUCCUGGUGGGCUUUUCUGUAUUUCUAACCAUUGUGUUGGGUUUUGGUCUACCAACAGCACUCAGUUUUUUAGCGAGGUGCUGUGGUUAUCCCGACGCUAGCGUGACUGAAUGCGUUGUCGCAGUGUAUUUAGUAUUCGUUGUGUAUGUUGCAAUGCCUCGAUUACCAAGGGGUACGGUUAAGAUUGAGGGCAAAGCCGUUUUCAUUACUGGCUGUGACAGUGGAUUUGGUCAUGCGUUGGCGAAACACCUUCACAAAAAAGGUUUCAUUGUGUUUGCAGGAUGCUUGUUUACGGAGGAUGGGGAUGGUGCAAAGGAGCUGAAGGAGAUGCACUCUGAACGAAUGAAAGUCCUACAGCUGGAUGUGUGCAGCGAAGAACAGGUGGCAGAGGCUGCAGAGUUUGUGAAGGCAAAUCUAGAGGAUUCAGGGAAAGCAGGUCUGUGGGCCCUGGUUAACAAUGCUGGUGUUUCCACUUUCGGCGAGGUUGAGUUCACUUCCAUGGAGACAUACAAACAGGUGUCAGAGGUCAAUCUUUGGGGUACCAUCAGGAUCACCAAGGCCCUACUGCCACUCAUCCGCAGGACUAAAGGGCGUGUGGUCAAUUUGGCCAGCAUGUAUGGUCGGAUGGGCAAUGCACUGCGCUCACCCUAUUGUAUCUCCAAAUACGGUGUAGAAGCCUUCACCGACUGCCUACGCUACGAGAUGAAGCCCUGGGGUGUCAAAGUGUCACUAAUAGAACCGGGUAACUUUGUGGCAGCCACCGGCAUACUGUCACGGGACCUGGUUGCUGCCACUGCAGACAAACUGUGGCGAGAGGCGCCUCCUGUAGUCCAGGAGGACUACGGCAAGUCCCACUUUGAGCAGCACAUGGCCCUGAUGCGCUCCUACUGUGGCAGUGGCCAGAGAGAUGUGGCGCCUGUGCUUGAGGACAUCACUGAUGCCAUCGUGUCCCAGCGGCCUUUUACACGCUACAACCCCAUGGAGCCCCACUGGUGGAUCCGCAUGCAGGUCAUGACCCACCUGCCUGCAGCCAUCUCUGACCGACUGUAUUUCUGAGAAACAGAAAACAACACCCAGAUACCGCAAAACAUCCUAUUAGUCAGUCCUGUUUUGUAUCAUGUAAAAGGAUUGCUGCAAAGAUCAAUCAGUUUAGAUUUUUUGUCUAACAGUUACAACAGACACGUAACUGAAGCAUUCCGUUCUGCUGCAACAAAUAGCUUCCACUAUAAUCAAUAGAACUGGCUACACAUAAUAGCAGCGUGUAUGUUCGGAAAAUUACACCAGUCUUCUAAAACUAUUCUUUACGCUACGGGAACAGAGUGCUUCAGUUACAGACCCUGUGUAGCCCAGUGUUAUCAUUCCUGAUCAUUGAUAUUCCAUAUGGCCAGUAAUUCCUGUCUGCCUUAUAUGAAAAUGUGAACUAUGAAUAGAGAAAUAUUGAGAGAUUUCUGAGAAAAAUAUAUAUUUUGAGUGCCCACAAGAGUAUUGGGUAUGCAGUGUGUCAAAAUUUCGGAGGAAAUUUGUAAAUCAUGUUGAUGACAUUUCUCUGCUAGAACUAUUCUUUCUGGUGCCAUUUAAAAUUGCACCACCUCUUUUUUUUAUUUUUCUAACACCAGAAUUGUUGUUUGAAGGUGGUUUUGUUUUUUUUACUGUUUGCACUUGAGUUGAUGAGUUAUAUUCUUCAUUUACUAGCAGAAUUAAAUGAGAUCAUUUUGAUCAUGUUGAUGAAAUCUGACAAUGCAAUAUUGUUUUAACGUGUUACCAUAAAUAUUUUUAUGGAGAUAUUCCUAGAGAUGGAUUUAUGUAAACAAGUAAUUAAUAUCCCAAAGGCAGCUGUCUAAAGUAGAAAGGCACAUUGUGUUAGUGGGACUCUGGGCACAGUCAGUGGUGACCAGCACUGCGCUCACCAUACUGCCUGCAGGGGUCCCUUAUAGUCCUGUCCAUCUCUGGCUAUGAGUAUUAUAAAUACUAAGAAAGACAUCACAUGGUGCAAUUGUGAAGCACAAACAGGGCCUUUUUAUAUAUGGCUGUAUUAUAAAAAAAUAAAAAAAAACUUUUUAAUGGCUUAAUGAGUUGAAUGAUGAGAUGCUGAUCAUCACCAACCUACUUUUCUGAUGUUCUUAUUGGAACCACUUGGGGGCACAAUUGUUACAUACUUGUAAGUAUAAAAUAGACAAUAAAAUACAAUCAGUAGGAGUGGAAUUCUGAGCUAAAUGAGUACUCUUUCAGGAUUUUUUUUUUUUAAAUGGUGUUACUGUAAACAUUUAUGUAUUUGGUUGGCUAUACCUGCCAUUUGUAUGUCCUUUAUUACAUAUUAUGCAUGACGGCAGUCCACAAAUUAGAGACUGAAAUAUUGUGUGAGUUAUGGACCUCGCUAAUAAUCUUAGCACAAUAAUCUUAUGAUCUUGUUAUCACUAAUAUAGGCUAUAUUUGUUAAUACUAAUGUAUGAUAAUAAUAAUGUAUGAUCACUGAAGUGAACCACUCAUUCAGAGUUUUAAUUUGAAUGCUAAAACACUUGCUCCGCUGGAGUGGCUCCUUAAAAAACUGCUAUCUGAA